UAACGCCAUUAAUUUUUUGCUCGCUUUUAAAACCGAAAUAACCAUAGUGCCAAUAUGAGGUAAUUCAGUGGCAACGCUGCACAGGUAACAGUAAUCAGCUGUUUCCGCGAAGGCGAAUUGUGUACGUCACAAAUAGAAAAAAAGGAAAAAUGUGAAAAUAGUGAAAGAAAACAGAAGUUAAAAACUUGAAAAACAAGAAAAUUUGUGAAAAUUAAUUUACAACGCUAUUAUAGUCUAGGUGUAGAUUUAUAUGUUUAUAUAAUUCGGUAGGAUGCACAGACAAGAGUGGAUGGAACACUGCAAUGAAGCGAACAAAACUUGAUCAAGAAAUGAUGUCAGCCGCACCAAAAUAAACCAGACUCGACAAAACCACAAAUAGCUAAUGAUGAAUUUGGAGGGAAUUUCACAGCCUCCAGUGGGGGCUCCUUCUCAGAUGGACGACGAUACCGAAGGCGAUUUGGUGGUCGUGUCAACUGUCGAAACGGAAAACUCUUCUUCCUCCAUGCGUAUACCUAACAGUUCAGAUUUGUCGGAAAAGUCUGCCACUAGUGAAACGAGAAGUGGUGUUUUAACAUAUGAUUCUGGGAAUUACUCUACCAGUUCUAUUACCAGUGAAAUAACCUGCCCAUUAGAUGCUGAACUACAUAACCAUUGCCAGCAUGUACAUACGCUGUUGAGAGAGAGGGAUCACGCUCUAUUCCUGGCUAUGCAAGAUGUGCGCAAGAUGCGAAGCGAACUUGAACGACUUAAUAAGUCGGAGGGAUGGUACAAAAAAGAACUGCGAUCGCAAAAACGGACACGACUGGAAGCAAUCGAACGGCUAUAUGCUCAAGAGCGCAAGUACAUGCAAGAGAAUCAACAUUUACAACGUGAGUGUAUGCGUCUUUAUGGCAAAUGUGGUCAAAUAGAAAAGGAAACACAGGCUAAACAGGAUAAAGCUGUGCAAAAGCUAGUCGAGAAUGAAGAACAGAUGAGUAGAAUAGAGAGCGCUGAUAAAGAAUUCAACUCGUUCGAAUUAGAUCAGCAGCGGUCUUUGAUUGACGAUCAACAAAAGUUAAUCAACGUUUUGCGAAAACAGAAGCAAGCUUUGCUGGAAGAUUUAAGAAGACUGAACGAAGAAAAAGACACCAAGGUUCUGCAGCUGCAAGAAACACUCGCAGGAGUUGAAGUGGAAAAUACACGCAUGACAGCGCAGUGCAUGCGACUACUGACCGAAAGACAAGUAUUAGAAGACACUCUUCAAGCAAAAGAUGCAGUGCUGGAUGCAGAAAAUGUCGAAAAGCUAAAAAUGCAAACUCUUAUUGUAGAGCUGGAAGAGCAGUGCAACCGACAAAAACAAAUGCUAGCCCGCAAAGAACAUGAAGUUCACGAAAUUCAACAAAAAUUUAAAAACAAUAUUGAACACGAAACAAACAUGGAUGAAGUACAUCGAUUGAGCGUUUCAUAUCACUGUGAGAUUAAUGCUAAAACUGACGAAAUUACUUCCCUCAAGAAGUCGUUGCGCGCAGUUCAAAUCGAGUUGAGUACUUUAACUGAGCUACAGUCACAGAAUGAGGAGCAAGCGCGGCACAUAGAGCAACUAAACUUUACUUUAGAAGCCCGACAAUGCGAAUUAUCAAAUCUUCAGGAAACUGACGAAGAAAAAACGCAACAAAUUACUGAACUACAGCGAAACUUAGAAAAGGCGCGAGCUCAACACGACGUCAUAAUCGAAAGUCUGAAUUCUGCAGAAUCAAGUCUAAAAAAUGUCAAUCGGGAACUGAUCGCCUUGCACGAGCAAUAUGCCAAUAUGUGUGCGCUUUGUGAGCGCACACGUUUUGAACUGGAGUUACUGGAAAUUGAAAAGGGUAAGCUCCAGUUCCAAGCAGAUGGCGAUAAGCGCGAAAUCCAUCUGCUUCGCGAUAAGCUGAAAGACUAUAUGGAACAUACAGAGAAGUUGGGCGCCAAAAUAAACGAGUUUGAAGCGAAAUUGAAACACUCGCAGACUGAAAAGGACGAAUUGCUAUUUAAAUUGAGAGAAUUUGAGAGAAAAUUUACUUUGGAAGGGAAACCACAUAAGGAAAGUGGGAAAGAAGAAGAAGUCGGAUCGGAAUUCAAAGGUGACAUAAACCGAGUCGGCAAUACACAGGAUUUUUUAAGGGAACAUGAAAGUGAUGAAGUGGAUACAGGAAGAAAAAAUCUAAACGAAGAGGACGAUAGUGGGUUUUUGGACGCAAGCGGAAACAGCGUAAAUGAAAAAAAUGACAAUGUUGGAAAAAAUCGUUCAGAUUCAGGACCUUCAAGAAUUUCAGUGUGUUCCAAUAAAGAUUUAUCCAUAAUUAGUGGUUAUGAUGCGGAGGAAUGUGUUGGUAUUAUGGGACACCCAGAGCAGCUAUUGCAAAACUUGGACAACCAAAACCUUCUUUCUUUGGAAAAGAAACGAAUUUUGGAAGCUUUUGAAACUCUUAUCAAAAGCGAAAAUACUCCUCAAGAAAUGUCACUCAACGCCCAAGAAAUCUCGGAAUUAAAAAAAUUGGUCGUAGAAAACCAAAAACUAAAAAAUCUGCUGACAACUGCUAAGAAGCAAACAGCAGAAGUUGAACCACUAAAACUCGCUUUAACAGCAAGAAAUCAAAAAUGUUCUGAAUUACAAGAAUGUGCUAGCACCUGCAGUGAAGAACUGGGAAAGCUGCAGGAGAAGCUGCUGGAAAGUCAUGAGCAGCACCAGAAAAGCAAAAACGAGCAAGAGAGUCGUUACAGAGGUCAAUUGGACGCCUACGAAGAAACUAUUCAAUUACUGCAAGAAGAAAAUAAACGAUUGCUGAACGAAUUGCAAACCGUUUUGGUGGCGAAAAGUGAUUUUGCAAAUAAGCUUUCACAACAACAGGGGAUUGUUCAAGAAUUGAGAGGCAAAUUAGAUGCUCUUCAAACAAACGAAAUUCCCCGUGUAAUUGAAAACGCACAUGAAGGGAGAGAAAUCCUCAAUUUGAGGUCUCAUGUGAAAGAACUCGAAAGGCGUUUACAGGUAGCGAUGCGCACCGACGAGGAGCGACGUAACGAAAGAGUGCGACUUAUACGAAAAUUGCUGGAGCAGCAAAAUAGCAAAGUGAAGCAGCUGACCGAUUCCCAAGAGCAAUGGGAAGAGUUGCUGUUGGCGCUGCAAGCCGCACAAAAAUUAGAGGAAAAUACGAGGGCCGAGUUGCAGUUGAAACACGCUGAGCUGGAAGAGUUGAAUGCACUUUUUGCUGAACAGAAUGAAGAGCUGCGACGGCUACAAGAAACCACGCUAACCGAUGAAGUUAAUAGAGAUCCAGCUGAAAUUGAGGAAACGCGUCGCAUAUUCCAGCAACAGGUGGAGGAGUUGCAAGCUAAUCUUGGUGCUCAGCUGACAGAUAGCCAGGAAAAGCAACGCAAAAUCGAAGAAUUGCAAGGCAAAAACGAACGCCUCGAACGCCAGCUUAAUGAAGAUUACGCCGCGGAAGUAGCAAAAAACCAGAGACAAAUGCGCGCGCUGCAAACUAAAAUGGACGCGAUACAGGCAGAGCGUAAUAAUCAUUCAGAGCGAGUGACUGAAAUGGAGACCGAAUUGCAACAGCUGAAGAAAAGUAAACGGGAACGGCUCUUGUUGCCACCAGAAUUUGUGGUUGUAGCACCCCGAUCAGUCCCCAUGGGGAGUAGCUCCGACGACGUUUCAUCUCUUUCAAGCAAUGGCAAUGGACACCUGAGCAACAGUGAUUCUGACAACAACGAUCGCAUGCGAAUACUAACGAAGGUGCUCGAAGCAGAGUAUAGGCGCAAAAUGAAGCGCUACGAUUUGCACAUACACACUCUGUUGUGCAACAUAAAAAAACUGAAAAAGGCUUUACGUGCGGCUGAGCAGCGCGCAACAAAUUUGAGCAUAGAGCAGAGUACGACGAUGCAGGAGCUGCGAAGCCUGCAGUUGACCAGACGGCAGCUGGAGGAGAUGCGUUUGAAGUGUGAGCAAAACCAAAGCACAAUAAAGGCACUCGAGCAGGCUCUAGAAAUGGAGCGUAAAAAAUUUGAGGCCUCUGACUUGGGCAAGGCGACGACGUACACAUGCCAAUCAGCAGCUCUAGCGCAGCAGCGAGACGAACCGGCGCACGAAGUAGCCAAUCUAAUAGAUGAUUAUAAAAAGUUAAUCCAACAAUCGGCGUUGGCGACACAACGCCCGAAAACCAGCACCAUCCUUGACCUUAUACAACGUAGCAAUCAGUGUGUGCCAAAUUUAAAUAAACUCGAAGCUAGCGUUUACGGCCUGCGCAGUGAUUUGGAGCACUUCGUUAGUGCGCACGCCACAUUAAAUAUGUCGCAAAUACAGAGCGGAAACAAACUGGAGGGUCCAUCACUAAUGGAAGAGCUGCGCGCUGCGGCAGAAAGCUACUAAAUUUGUAGUAAACUGCUUCCAACUUCUUCUUGCUGUGCAUAAAAUGCAAACAAACAUUGCCAAAAUUCAGUUCAACUAUUCUAUGUAUACUUGUUUUAUAGUAUUUUUACAUCGGCUGUUUUUAGAUUUUUGUUCUAUACAUUUAUUUAUGAUAAUUUUGCACAAAGUACAUCCUUUUAAAUAUUAAAAGUGCUAAUUUUUUUUAAGCUUUCACUUACUUUAAGCUCUUCGAAUAGUCAGCGGGUGGUGAGGCAUUAUAAGCGACACUUGACUAUUGGACAAAUGGACGCCAGUUAGGCCACAGACAAGACCUUUGGCUGAGUAUAUAGAUGCAUAUGUAUGUAUGUAUAUGUAUUUUUUAUUUAAAUUAUAAUGUGAAUGCUCUUUUUGUCAUAGAUAUCCAACAUGUUUAUAAAAAUUAAAAUUUCAUGUAACAAAAUAAAUAAUAAUAAUAAUAUUUUAGCGCUAACACUUUCGCUAAGUGUAUGGCCGCGCUUCUACUCAUAUUUUCGCUUCCGAGCGGCAAAUGGAUUUUAAGAAGAUUUUCAUGAAAGAAACACACUCG